AUGACACUGCAGCACAGCACAGGCGAUCAGCAUCAUCUCCCCAAAAUGACCAACAUCUCCACGGUGGCUGAAUUCCUCCUCCAGGGGUUCUCUGACAUCCGGGAGCUGCAGCUGCUCCAUGCCACGCUGUUCGUCCUUAUCUACCUAGUGGCCCUUCUGGGGAAUCUCCUCAUUAUUGCUGUCACCACACUCGACCAGCGUCUCCACACCCCCAUGUACUUCUUUCUUAAGAACUUGUCCUUCAUUGAUCUCUGCUACAUUUCUACCACGGUACCCAAAUCCAUUGUCAACUCCUUGAGCAGUGACAGCUCCAUCUCCUUUCUGGGUUGUGUCUCACAGCUCUUCCUACUGGUCUUGUUUGGUGCUUCAGAGCUUUGUGUCGUCACUGCAAUGUCUUAUGACCGCUAUGCUGCCAUCUGCUCCCCCCUGCGUUAUGUGCUCAUCAUGAACAAAACAGCCCGUAUGCACAUGGCAGCAGCAUCGUGGCUCAGUGGAGGUCUGUUUGGAGUCUUGUUUUCAGCUUCUACUUUCUCCUUGAACUUUUGUGGAUCCAAUGCUGUCCAGCAGUUCUUCUGUGACGUCCCCCCUCUGCUGAAGAUCUCCUGCUCUGAAGUCCACAUUGCCAUUGAUGUGAGUGUGGCUGCUGCAUUCGUCUUGGAUGCCGUCUGCUUCACUUACGUCACCCUCUCCUAUGUCUUCAUCUUCUCAGCCGUGCUGAGGAUCCCGUCCUCCGAGGGCCGAACCAAAGCCUUCUCCACCUGCCUGCCCCAUCUCACUGUCAUCAUUAUUUUUCUCUUUACCGGAGCAUUUGCCUAUCUCAAACCACCCUCAGACUCCCCCUCGGCUCUGGAUCUGUUGGUUUCCAUGUUCUACACUGUGGUGCCCCCCACUGUGAACCCGGUUAUCUACAGCCUGAGGAACAGGCACCUGAAGGCUGCCCUGGGCAGGAUCCUACGGGGACAUUCCCCCAGCAUCCAUGCUGCAACAAAAUGCCUGUGUCCAUGUACCGAUAAUCCCCUACCCGCCCUUAAAGGAGGAAUUGCCAUUGGACAUAUCCAUAUAUAUCCCACUGAACCAGAGUCCCAAAGAAGAACCAGCUGCACCCAGGAACUGGAGUGGACAGAGGCCCAUCUCUACUCAGCCGAGCUCUUCCUGGUGGUCCUGCUUGCCGCUUCAGAGUUAUUUGUCCUCACUGCAAUGUCUUAUGACCGCUAUGCCGCCAUCUGCACUCCCCUGCGCUAUGUGCUCAUCAUGAACAAAACAGCUUACUCGCCCUCGGCUCUGGAUCUGGUGGUUUCCAUGAUCUACAGUGUGGUGCCCCCCACUGUGGGCUUUCAGGAAGCACAAUGUCAUCACUUCAGCCAGGAGUUUGUCCUGGACGUCAGAAUAAGUUUCUGGUGA